GCCAGCGGCGAGGAGGUGACUCCUGAGAAUCUGAAGCAGUGGCUGGACCGGCCGGUGCGCUAUCUCUGGGGCUUUCCCAAUCGCGAGCCGGUGGUGGCUAUUGAGGUGUUCCCGCCCGUGAGCGCCCAGCUCCAACUGUCCUUCGUUGGCGUACACAACCUGGUGGUUAGCUGCGUAGCCAAUGUGCCCAAGGGUGGCGAGGAUGGGCGAGGCUAUCCGGACCCGCCAGAAGGUUUAGACCUGGCAUCGCUCUGCUAUGUCAAGACCCCCGACGCUCUCACGAUGGAUGGCCAUGUCAUGUCCGACAUUUCCCUGACAGGAUUUGGAUGGGUGGCGGUGUCCUUUGCUGCGCUAAACGCCAAGGCAGCCGGCCGGCCGAUGCAGCGAUCCAAAGUCACCAUCC